GACCAAUGGCGGCUCUGCUGUAUGAAGUCAGCUGUAAGCUUGACAUCGCCGUUGUGGGGGUGUGAUGAGGCGUCUUGGUCGACCAGUCCUCCCUCGCCCUCUUGAACAAUGCUUCUGUAGUUGCUUCACACUUCCUGUGUUCAGGGUGUCGGCGUUCAGUGUAACUGUCAGCCGCCACCCAGAGCGACAUCUUCCUGUUUCUGGACAUGGAUCGCUGUUUCUUUUUACUUCUGCUUCUGCUGAUGAGCAGAAACGGACUGUGUCAGCAGAAGGAGUGUGCGAAGUCAGCUGUCAACUCCUGUGCUGACUGUGUUGCAUCUGGACCGUACUGUGCAUGGUGUCAACAGCUGAAUUUCACCAAGUCUGGUGAACAAGACGCAGUACGCUGUGACACCGAGGACCAACUAAAAUCAAAAGGCUGCAAGCAGGAAGAGAUCGUCUCCCCUAAGAAUGAGCUACAGACCAUCAAGGAAGAGCCUCUGUCUGCAUCGUUUGACAAGCAGGAACCGGUCCAGAUCAGUCCUCAGCAGAUCCGCCUGAAGCUGCGACCUGGGCUUUCCAACACCUUCACUGUGAAGUUUAAGAGAGUUGAAGGUUAUCCAGUGGAUCUCUACUACCUGAUGGACCUUUCAUACUCAAUGAAAGAUGAUUUAGCAAAUGUCAAAAACCUGGGGGAAAAACUCUUCGAAGCUCUGAGUAAUAUCACCCAAAAAGGUCAAAUAGGGUUUGGUGCCUUUGUUGAUAAGGCUGUCCUUCCUUACACCAACACCAACAAAGAGAAACUCCUGAAGCCGUGUGAUGAGAAAGAGCAGUUCUGUCAGGCUGCCUUUGGGUACAGACAUGUGCUUAGCAUGACGUCGGACCAAAGCAGUUUCAGAAAUGAAGUGGGAAAGCAGUUCAUUUCUGGGAACUUGGACACACCUGAGGGAUGUCUGGAUGCCAUGAUGCAGGCUUCUGUAUGCGGGGAUAAAAUAGGUUGGAGGAACAGCAGCACUCGGUUGAUUGUUCUGGCUACUGAUGCUGGAUUCCACAUGGCCGGGGAUGGAAAACUGGCCGGUAUCCUGGAACCCAAUGAUGAAAGAUGCCACAUGGAAAACAACCUUUAUUCCAAGAGUAGUGACAUGGACUACCCUUCUGUAGGACAACUGGCCAUGCAGCUGGAAAAAAACAACAUUCAGCCAAUAUUUGCUGUGACAGAAAACAUGAAAACUGUUUACGAGGAACUCUCUAACAUGAUUCCAAAAUCAGAGGUGGGAGUUCUCUCGUCAGAUUCUUCAAAUGUGGUGGAGCUGAUUAGAGGAGCCUACAAUCGGUUGUCAUCUAAAGUAACGGUGACCCACGACAAUCUUCCUGACAAUGUCGGAGUUUCGUACAAGCCAAAGGAUUGUUCUAACCCAGAAGCACCGAGCGAAAGCAAAGGUGUUUGUAAUGAUGUUGGCGUGAAUCAAGAGAUCUCCUUUGACAUUACUGUGACAGCAAAAACCUGUAUGAAGGAGGAGAAAUCAUUCUCUGUCAAGCUACUGGGAAUUAAAGACACGUUAACUGUGACUCUAUCUACCAACUGUGAAUGCCAAUGUACGGAACACAAUGAUAAAAACCACAUACUUUGCAAUGGAAAGGGAAGAAUCAACUGUGGAACCUGCAGCUGCGGGGAAGGCUCUGUGGGUCAAUUCUGCGAGUGCAACGUUGGUGAUAAAGAUGAGCAGUCCAUCCGAGAGUUGUGUCGCAGGCAGAAUGGCACCGAGUGCGAAGGUCGGGGGGACUGUGAGUGUGGGAGGUGUCAGUGUCACACCAUGGAGAGUGGAAGCAGCUACUACGGUGAAUUCUGCCAAUGUGACGAUGAGCACUGCGAGAAGUUCCAGAACAAACAAUGUGCUGGAAAUGGAGUUUGCAGAUGUGGGAAAUGUGAGUGCUUUAAAGGCUUCGAGGGUUCUGCUUGUCACUGCAAAGUGUCUGAAGAAAACUGUCAGAGUGAAAACAACACUCUGUGCAACGGCAGAGGGAAAUGCAAGUGUGGCCUCUGUGAAUGUGCUGCAGGAUACCAGCUGCCGCUCUGCGAGACCUGCCUGGGCUGCCCUGAUCCAUGCCUGACCAAACUGAAGUGCAUUGAAUGCCUCGGCUUUAACUCAGGACCCUUUCAAAAGAACUGUAGUGAGGUUUGCAGCAAAAGCAUCUAUCAUAAGAUGGUAGACAACUUCUUCAUGUCAGGGAAGGAGUGCCGCCAGAAGGACAGUCAGGGAUGCUGGAUCACGUUCAAGCUGAAGCAGUUGGUGGGACAGGAUAACUACGAGGCUGAAAUUCAGAAACAGAGAGAGUGUCCAGAGCCCCCCAGCAUCGCCACUAUCAUCGGAGGCUCCCUUGCAGGCGUGGCUCUGAUCGGCAUCGUGCUGCUGAUGAUCCUCAAGUUAUUGAUCUAUCUGAAGGACCUGAAAGAGUUCAAGAAGUUUGAUAAUGAAAGGAAGAGAGCCAAGUGGGCACAGGCCAACAACCCGCUGUUCCAGGACGCCACCACCACCGUGGCCAACCCCAUGUUCACCGGGGAGUGAAGAUGCCCUGCACAUCGUACAGCUGACAGUAAUUCAUGUUGUUUAUGAUGCUCCUACUUCUGUUUGCUGAUAUAUUUACUGCACAUGUUAUUGGCUUGCUUACUUUCUCAUUUAGAAUUUACUGCUGUUACAAAGAAUUUCUGUCUGAAACAUUUACGCAUAUGUGCUGAUAUAUCAUGGUGUAGCUGUAAUAUCCACUGUUAACCAGUUCAUUUGAUGACAUAUACUGAUCAGCCAUUACAUUAAAACCACUGAGAAGAAAAGGGAGUACCUCAGCCCAUCUUGUUACAGUCCAACGUUCUGCAGGGAAAACCUGCAUCUUGCUGUUUGCAUGAUGCAGCCCCCACUAUAGCAGCAGGAACCCACAAAAACUGAGAGUCUCAGAACAUCAGAAUCCCCAGAUACCAAUUUGAUGCUGGAAUUUGACAUCUAUGGGAAACAAACCCAGAUCCCAAAGUCCCACUGGGCCCUGACUGGUCGGAGUGGUUCCUCCAGAAAACCGGAGACCUGCUCAACGUUAGGCAGCUGGUCAUUGACGGGUAUGUGGUACGAACAGGGCAUUCACGGCUGGUCCUGCUCACUGAUGUUUGUAAGUUUAUAAACUGUUUAAAAUCUCAUGUAUUUCUGCAUAAACUGUAUGACCCAAAAAACAUCAACCGAACCCACAUGAAAAAAAAAAAGUAUUUUUUAAUACUUUUUUUUUAAAUUUUAUAUCAAUGUUUACACCGAAAAUGUGAUCUUCAUCUGAUUUCUGGAGUUAUUAGAUUGUCCCAGUGAUCAUGUAGACACGUUAAUCUGAUUUAGACAACAUAAUCUGAUUAUGAUUAAUUAAACAGCAGCAGUUAUCGGGUUAUGAGAAAAGAAUAAAAGACCUCAACCUGUUCUGACUCCGUUCACAGUGAAGGUAAAACGUGACUCAAAUCCGACUUUUUCGCCCAUUUCGGACCCACGUCGGAUCUUUUUAUUACAACCUGAAUGGCACCAACCCCAUGUGGGACUAAAUCGGAUAUCCGAUCUUUUUCAGUCUGAGCGACCUUGUCGCAUCUCUUUUACAUCACUGCAGUGAGGCGGGCGUCACAAAUCUGCGCCGGAGGGGAUCAAGAUCCAGCGUCAACAAUAGACUGAACAACGUUAUAUCAUCAUUUCUUCUUUAGCUCUGAUUGUACGACAUUGUGGAAACUGAUGUGUGUGACGUCUCCGUCUGCGCAUGCAGGUCACUCCAGGACCGUAGUUGUAUUAAAUCACAAUGUGGACAACCACGCAAAAAGAUCUCAGCAAAAAGAUCUCAGCAAAAAGAUCUCAGCAAAAAGAUCUCAGCAAAAAGAUCUCAGCAAAAAGAUCUCAGCAAAAAGAUCGCAUUCCAGCAAAAAAAAAGACCUGCAGUGUGAACGUAGGCUUACAUGACAUGCCAUAUCUGGGAGUAAUCAGAUUACUGUAAUCUGAUUUUCUGUCUACAUGGCCGUAUGAAACUUUAAAACCAAUUGUUUACAUUUUCCCGUUGACUAUGGGAUUUUUUGGGAGUAUGUGCGUACGUAGUGACGUAUUUUGUGGUCUGCGGCCGCGGCGUUAGCGUUAGCUGCUAAUGUGGGAGCUAACAGGUGAAGGCUUUACUUCGUACGCUGACUUCCCGAAGCUACACGUUGUCAUGUUUCUCUUUUUUCUGCUCAUGUUGGAACGAGUCACCUCCAUCUUUCAGCAACGCAGUUUUUUGUGUUGCACAAGCACAGAUGUAAAAAACUUGAAUCAGAUAUACGGUUUUCAGGCUGAAGUGUCUUAUUCUCAAUAUUUCAUAAUAAGAAUUAUUAAAAUGACAUAGAUGAGGAUUAUACUGGGUUGCAGCUUAAGCAGACUGCAGUUUGCUAAGAGUAACGAGUUUUAGACUCCAUGUAUAGACAGGCUGAUGUAAGGCAGCUCAGGUUUUUACCAUAUGAGGUUCUUAGGGUCUUAGAGACUGGACUCCAGCACCCCAACAUCUUAUAUGUAAACAUAUGUGUCUCCACAGGAUUGGCUUAUUCAGGACUAAAGAAUGUUUUUGUUUGGUAGGUAUAUAAGGAUGCCUCAUACAUGUGUCACACAGUGGGUUCAUAAUGUCCAGAAACCUCACAGAUUAUUUCUGCAGAAAUAUCUUUAAGAUGUCACUUCUUGUAAUAAACCAUCAUUUAUUAUACAUCAA